AUGCCCUCUUAUAAAAUGAAACAUUUCGCCGAUGACUACUCACUUGUUUACGUAGCUCAAGCCAUAACGGGUACUUACUUUCCCUGCAUAAGUUAUAACCCUUCUCGCAGUGAAGUUACGGCCGGAUUGUGGAUAAGUAGCAAAGAAGAAAAAAAUGAAACAUUAAAACCAGAAGAACAGUCAGAAAGUAACACUGAUAAAACACUGGCUCGUAGAACUUUAAACAAUUCCUGGCAUAAUGAGGCAAUAGAAAGUAAUCAUGAGGAUAUGGUCGAGGUUGCUCAUAAUCUAUUAAUCAAUAUAGAAUACAUAGAAAAUAGUGAAUCUGAUAUAGAAAAGGUUGUAGCCAAAAAUUCAGUCAGUCAUAUAGACAAGCUAUAG